AUGUCCCAAACAAAUUUAUCUGGUGAUGGUAGUAUGAAUAUAUCGGAUAUAAGAAAAUUUAGGGAUAAAAAUUAUUUUGAAACACAUCAUUUGGAUAAUUUUGAAUUUGAUAGAAAUGAUGUGACCGCAACAGAAUUAGAUACAAACAGACAUUCCAAGUCGACUGAACAAUUUUCUGAUGGCGUAACGUUUCAAAAAUUGAGUAAUAUCACGAAAUGCUAUAAAUUGGGAUUGGCACCAAAUACGGUGAUCAAAACAGACUCCUCUAUUAAAAUUGAUGUUAACGAAAAGGAUGUUUAUAAUUACCCCAAAUUUAUAGGUCGAUAUGAAAAACCUCGUUAUGUGAAUACCUUCGCUUUGAGGCAACAAAAAAUGACAACUUAUCGACAUUGA